UUUAUAAACAUAAAAAAUGAAAGAUCGCCUAUUAUUUUGAUUUGUGAAAUGAGCACACUUUGCUAUUUAUAGAUAAGUGAAAGUUUCCUUAAAUAAGACAGUUUGAUGCGAGAUAUACAACAACUAAUUGCUAUAACUUUACUCGUACAGAUUUAAUUGAAAGGCUUUUUAUUUAAACUUAAAUACCGCAUGACAUAAUGCACCUUGGUCUCCGGAUUCUUGCGUUGUUAUUUGUUAUCACCAAAACAAACUCGUUGCCGUACGAUGUGCAUUGGCUUGGUGGACCAACUGUGAUAGAUAGAGAGAUAUCUCCCUCAAAACAAUCAAUAGAUAUAUAUUGCUAUUCAGGUUCACCCAAAAAUUUGCUGGCUUUGUGGCAAACUGUAAAGUUUAAUAUAAAAAUACAAAAUGAAGAAUUCAGUCAGUAUCUGGGUGAUAAUCCAGAACAAGUUUAUAAGGAUUACACAGAGGAUAGCUAUGGUUGGGCCGUUGUCAAUCCUUUCCAGAAGAAAGUGUAUAGAAGUGUCUCCAUUAAUCUCUUUACUCCUACAUGUAUGGCUAUCAAUACCAAACAAAAACACAGUAUUGAGUUACAAAUGCAAAGAGUGGAUUUAUGGCGUGUCCUGAUAAUGGUAUCAGGUAUAGUAUUGAUAUUUACAUCGCGAGCACUUAGCGGCAAUCCAGUGUUCUUCUACUUAUGUGGUAUCAUUGUGGGAGUCUCAGCAUCUUUUAUGGUGCUUGUUUAUUAUAUUAGCAGGUUAUUGCCAAAGAAAACUCUAACAUAUGGCAUAUUGAUUGGAGGCUGGACAGUGGGAGUGUACCUAUUCCAGCAGAUUUGGGAGAACAUAAGAACUCUUUUAGUGUCAUACCAGGCUUAUUUGUUCUGGUAUACAUUCCUAGCUGGAUUUAUCAGUUUUGUUGUAUGCUACCGGAUUGGACCACCUAAGAAUCAGCGGAGUAAAAAUUUGGUCAUGUGGACCCUGCAGCUGGUCGGCGUAUUUACCACAUUCUUCAGCAGCCAGUACCAGGAGGCGUCAGCGGCCGUCGUGAUCGCCGCGCUCGUUGCCAAGUACUUCCCCAAGUCGUGGACGUAUACCAUUCAGGGCUACUGGCGCAGAAAGUUUCCCCCCAAGCCGCGGCUGCUGAGCAGCGAGGAGUACUACGAGCAGGGAGCGCGCGAGACCAAGCGUGCGCUGGAGCAGCUCCGCGAGCACUGCGCCAGCCCCGACUGCGCGCAGUGGCGCGUCAUGCUCAAGCUGCAUGACGCCAAGCGUUUCGCAAGUUUCGUAGAAGGCGACUCUCAUCUCAGCGACGACGAAAUAGUAGACUAUGAAUCCUACGCCUUCUCGCUGGAGCGCACCAAACCUGUCGCAAAUUCCACCAGGAACAACAUGGAAAUAUCGGACGAUGAUUCUUCUGAAGACUUUGAUGAGUUAUGAAAAGACAUUUGUUUUAGCUUCAGGUUUGUUUACAUUAAUGUUUUAUGUAUCGGAAUGAUGGAUACAAUUAUACUAGUCUUAUUAUAACGUUUUGCAAAUGAAAAAAGUAAAAUCAAUACAUUUAAUACAAAUUCAGUAUAGGUUAGGUAAAAGUUGCGACAUUUUUUUUUAAUAGAUGAUAAUGUCAGUUCUUUUUCUCAUGUGGAAAACAUUUUUUUUUUCAUUACAAACAGUUUAUGUAAUAUUUAAAUGUAUGAAGUAUUUAAUUGAUUUAGUAUGUAUUUAAUGUUAGUAUAUUUCUGUGUAUAGUCUAUAGUAGGCUUACUGUAAUAGAUUUUCAUUAAAAACUUACAACUUGAGUCACUCUUCCAUCUAUCUAUUUAUUCAUCUUCUUUUUUCUUUUUUACAUUAAUAUUCAUAAAAGCGUCUGUUCUGAAAUAAUUAGAUAUAUUCUGUGUGAUUAUUUAUAAGAAUCUUGUUUUUUGCUUUUUGUACUGUUUUUAAAUUCAAAGAUUUAAAAAUAUGUGAUCUCUUAUAUAAUUAUAAUUGAAUGAUUUUGUUCAUCCUAUUUUUGAGUCAGUUUGUUUGAACGCGCUAAUCUCAGAAACUACUGGACUGAUUUCCAAAAUUCUUCCAUUGGAAAUUUAUGUGGUCCCCAAGUGCUAUUGGCUACUUUAUAUAUUAAUCACGGGAAAAGUUAGGGGUACUGCUUGUUUAAAUAUAAAAUAAUAAAACAUUGGUUUGUUAGUAAUAAUUUAUUCCUUAAACAUUACAUUCUGCCUUAAUUGUCUCCCAACAAGUAUUAAAGACAUUCAGCAAAUAAAUUAUAGUGAUUUAGACAUAAAAAAAAUCUAUGUGAAUAUUGCAUUAAACAGAUGUAUGAAAAAUAAACUUGAUAUAUUUGUGAAAUAUCUUAAAUAAGAUAGAUAUAGUAAAAUACAAUUGCUCAGUAACAGCAAAACUUUGAUAAUAAUUGUAUACCCUUUCACAAAUAGGAUAUGUACUAAAAAUGUUUUUACACCUUAUUAUUAAUUGUAAAUGAGGCAUUUAUAGGUAAAUGUGUGAACUUAUUUUUUAUAAGACUGUUUUUAAAGGUUUUAAUAAACAUUUUUAUGCAAAUGUUGCUUUGAUUAUUUAACACACAAAUAUAUAAAAUAUUAAUUAACAACCUAUUUUUAACAUUUGUUAUGAAUUACAAUUUUACAAUAUGCAUGGCACUUGGUGAGUAAAGUUAUAACAAUAAUAAUUAAUUUGUUUAUAUACUAUACAAAGAUUUUAAAAUAUUCGGAAAUACAGUUGUUCAUCAAAAUGAUAGUUAAGAUUGCAACGAACACAACUAAAUACAAUUUCACGACACUUGAUAAACACAUAACAUAAAUUUAGUACACAUACACUUAAUUUUAGCAUUUGUUAAAGCAUUAUAUAAAAGGUAAAGGCACUAUAUUUCAGAUUGUAGAAACAUCUAGGUGCUACUUGCUUUAUCGAUCUUUAUCAAAAUAAUAAACAUUAUUCUUAAAAAGUAGAGAAUUUCAUAAAAUAAACAAUUUCUUU